UUAUGAUAAUGAGUUGUGAGGCGUUCAAGACCCACUGGUGUUUUUGCCACUCUUUUCUGCUACAUUCAACGCUGCUCAUGCUGUUUGCUCUUUUCUGCUACGUUCAACGCUGCUCAUGCUGUUUAAGGGCUUUUUACAAUAUGCAUGGCAGCUUGCGUUAGGGCAGAAGAUCUCAGACUUAUUUUCAUCGCUGGCCACUUCGUAUGAUAGGCUUUGGGGUAACCGUUAUUAAUAGUAAACAACACAUCACUAUUCGAUGUAACAUUUUAAAUGCAAUGGAGAAGUUUGUGCGUAAACAAUCAUGCCCGGACGACACCGAAAUAACUCCUUCGAUGAAGAUUAAGCCAGAGGAAAUUGAAGGGAAGGAAGAGGCGGCGGAUGCUGAGGAAGAUGACUUCUCUGAUCCGAUUCCCUGGCAAAAAAUAGAGUCAGAAGGUCUGGACUGUGACUAUGCUUUGCUCUUUACACAGCAUGAAGCUGACCACCUUUUCCAAAAGCUGGAGAAGGAGGUGGUCUAUUCAACAGGGGACGAAGCAAAAGUGCAAGUGUUUGGAAAGGUCUACGAUAUACCGAGGAAACAGGCGACAUACGGAGAUACAGGAUUAAUUUAUACUUAUUCUGGAGUGUCUCGUUUAGCUUGCCCAUGGACUCCCACCCUGGAAUAUAUUCGGGAUUCUGUCACCAAAGUGACAGGACAUAGAUUCAAUUUUGUCCUGAUCAACAGGUACGAAGAUGGGCAGGAUCACAUUGGUGAGCAUCGGGAUGACGAGAGGGAACUCGACCCUCUGUCUCCCAUUGCCUCAGUCUCGUUCGGUGCCGCUCGAGAUUUCGUUUUCCGCCACAGAGAUGCUCGAGGUAAACGAAGCAGUCGGCGCAUCGAGCCUGUCAAGCUGGUUUUGUCUCACGGAAGCCUGCUCCUCAUGAACUCGCCCACCAACACUUUCUGGUAUCACAGUCUUCCCGUGCGAAAGAAAGUCCUCCUACCUCGCAUUAACCUCACAUUUAGACGCAUCAUGUCCACUGGUAAAUAAUAAACACCAUCACCAGAUCCUUGACUUCUACUGUCGUUACCAAUUUCAGAUGUGGAUGAUGCACACAGAAAGAAUCGUUAGUAUCCUUCUGUGGUUGUAUGGAUAAAAAUUUAUACAUUAAUGAUUUGCCUCAGCACUGUAAUUAAAUUUUUUGUUGCUACU